AUGCCCUUAUAUGCAAAAUUCAUGAAUGAGUUGAUUUCCAAGAAAAUAAAUUGGAGGGAGAACGAAACCGUGGUACUUACAAAAGAAUGCAGUGUUGUCAUUCAAACGAACCUCCCUGAGAAGCUAAAAGAUCCUGGAAGCUUUGUAAUUCUUUGUACUAUUGGGGAAGUGACUGUCGAUCAAGCCUUGUGUGAUCUUGGAGCUAGCAGCAAUCUCAUGCCAUUAUCCUUAAUGCGCAAGUUACAAAUCGAAGAGGUAAAACCCACCAAAACUUCUUUGCAACUUGUUGACCGUUCUCUUAAAUUUCCAUUAGGUGUUGUGGAGAACUUGCUAGUGAAGGUGGGAGCUUUCAUUUUUUCUGCGGAUUUUGUGAUCUUAGACAUGGAGGAAGAUGUCAAUGCCUCUAUCAUAUUGGGGAGACCCUUCCUGGCUACUGGGAAGGCCUUAAUCGAUAUUCAAAAGGGUGAAUUAACAUUGCGGGUGAAUGAUGAACAAAUUGUGCUCAAUGUAUUCCAAGCCUUACAACACCCGAAUGAUUAUGAAUAUUCAUGA